CUUUAAGAGAAGCGGGAGGGGGCUCGGAGCAUCUUGGCUGCGGUGUUUUUGUCUCUCUGUCAGUGAGCGCUCCUCCUGGGCCGAGGCGGCAGAAAGGAUUUGCGCAGGGCAGGUGCUGACUGUAAGAGAGCAAGAAAAGGAAGGGAGAGGCAAGGGGCCAGGGGAGGAGAGAUCCCGUCCUCGCAGCGCAAGCAGCUGGUGAGCGUGUUUGUGUGACUGUCUGAAAAGCAGCCACAGGCACAUUAUGGCACAGGUGCUGCAUAUGGACCCCGGCUUCCCAGGGAAACUCAACCCGCCUGCCCCCCCUUCCCUGCACGCCAAAGAACAGGAGGCGCCCUACUCAGUGGAGACCCCCUAUGGCUACCGUCUGGACCUAGACUUCCUCAAAUAUGUUAACGACAUAGAGAAGGGGAACACUAUCAAGAAGGUGCCUGUCCAACGCCGGCCACGCUAUGGCUCUUUGCCCCGUGGCUAUGGCUACGCUGGCUCCUGGUGGACCUCCACGGAGUCUCUCUGCUCCAAUGCCAGCAUGGACAGCCGGCAUUCCUCUUACUCCUACUGUGCCCCAGGCUACCAUACAUCACAAAGGCCCAGCUUCAGUACUGCCCGGGUGGAGAAGACUCUGUUGGAUGCUCGCAGGAAGCUGGAAGAAGAGAAAGAGGGACGGAGAUUCUCCAAUCUUGGCAGCAUGCACAGCAGUGUAGCUGGCUCUAACACCUCCAUCAGCAGCGCACACAGCUUCAACCGGUCACAGGGUGGAGGUGGAUCUUUCACUCCCAUGAGCUCUGGUCUGUCCACCCCAGUAACUCCAACCCCAGCUCACUUGCAACAUGUCAGGGAGCAGAUGGCUGCAGCCCUGAGAAAGAUAAGGGAGCUAGAAGAUCAGGUGAAAACAAUACCUGUGCUCCAAGUUAAAAUCUCAGUGCUGCAGGAGGAGAAACGGCAGCUCAGUGUCCAGCUGAAGAGCCAGAAGUUCCUGGGCCACACUCUGGGGUUCAACCGAGGUCGUCCCAGAGGGGAGCUCUAUAUUGACAUCCCUGAAGAAGACAUGAGCACUGGAAAGGGGAGCAACAACAAUAAGCCAGCAGGGUCACUGUCCCCCACCACACCUGAUGGGUCCAAGCAAGACUCAGGGUGUGAGAUUGAGGACACAGUGAUUGUGAGUGGAGUGCGACCAGAUGCAAAGCGGGAAGUGCGCACCAUUGGCGUGGGACCAGAGGACUCAAAAGGAAGUCGUCAUGUGGGGGUCUGGGUUCAAGAGAAGGAUCUGGGACUGCUACCUGAGACAGAAGUCCUCAAAAAUCAAGUGGGUCAGCUUGAGGGUCAACUAAAGAGGACAAUGCAGGAGCUACAGGCUUCACAGCAGCAGGUGGCAGGAGUCCAGAAGGGCCCUCAGGCAGAGCAUCCAGUCAUAGCAACGAGCCUGGGCUGGCAGGAGCCUCAAGGCUGCAGCCUGCAUACACUAGUCAGCUUCACACAGCAACGACACCAGAGGGACCAGAGAACUGUAGGAAUUCAGGUGUACACACUGGAGCAGCCUACUGUGGUAGAGGUGGGAACACUGCUCCGAGCAGAGACCUGCAGCUCCCCCCCCAUUCAGCCAGCUGCUGGAGGCGUGGAAGACCACCACAGAGGGCGAAUUGAAGAUGCUCCAGUUGAGUUGCCGAUUGCAGUCAGCUCUAAGCAGGUACGCGAUGUCUUGAAGAGCAGGUUGUCCACCUCAGUACCUGUAGCUAAUCCUGCCAUUGCUGUUGCAUCUGAUGAUCGGAUUGUGCAUAAUAAGGAAGAAGCAAAUGAGUCUAUCCAAUCACAAGAAGGCUUACCUAAGACAGCUUCAUCUCCCCAAUUGUCUCUGAGAUCAAUUAUGAAGCGGAAAGCAGAAGGUGAACCAGGCUCGCCCUCUACGAAGAAAAACCUACAGUUUAUUGGAGUCAAUGGAGGCUACGAGUCCACAUCCUCAGAAGAUAGCAGCAGUGAGAGCUCAGAUGAGGGGAGUGACUCUAGUGAAUAUCAUGAAGCCAGAGAAAAACUUCCAGAGUCUACAGUCCAGCACCAGCAGACAAUACACAACAAGGAUUCCAAACAAGAAGAAAGCACCAGUGUACCUCAGCAAAAUGCUGUCAAACUACCAGCUGCCAUUCCAGACUCAAGUCCCAGCCAGUCUGCAGCUGUAGACACAAUGCCAUCAAACAAAGCACCUCAGUCACCAGCGACAGACACUGUGGUGCAAAAAUGUGCCUCACAGCCACCAGCAUCAGACCACGCCAUACCUCCUCCAUGUUCACCAAAUGAUUCUGAGACUGUCAAACAAUCAUCAGAAAAGCACAAACAGGUCACCUCCACACCAGUUAGCACUGAAUCCACUCCUGAGCAGAAGGCUUCACUUACCUGUUCUUCAUCACCUGGCCUCACUAAAAUCAGUGAUAACACCCAGCAGCGGUACAGCAUCCAGUCAGAGUGCAAACCAGCAGAUGAACGUAUUUCAAAUGAGACUGCGACAGCGCCUUCAAAACAAGUCAGACUAGAGCUGAGUGACAGCCUGAUGUUAGCUCUGCAUGCCCUGCAGAAAGCCCUGGGGGAACCUAAUGCCUUCAGCCAACAAGGAGCAAGGGCAGCUUACACCACAGUGCUGCAAGAGUGGCUACGUGUGUCCUGCCACAAAACGGCCGACACAGCUGUUGUCAAGGCCUACAUGGACACUUUCGCCUCAAUCUCCCCUCAGCUGCUGGAGUUUGUCAUAAAUAUGGCUGAUGGCAACGGGAAUACAGCCCUUCACUACACUGUCUCCCACUCCAACUUCCCCGUGGUGAAACUUCUGCUGGACACUGGCUUGUGUAACGCUGACAAGCAGAACAAGGCGGGCUACACGGCCAUCAUGCUGACGGCUCUGGCUGCCUUCCACUCCGACAGUGACCUUCAAACUGUCCUGCAGCUGCUGCGCACAGGGGAUGUCAAUGCCAAGGCCAGCCAGGCUGGACAGACAGCGCUGAUGCUGGCAGUCAGUCAUGGUAGAGGGGACAUGGUGCGAGCGCUGCUGUCCUGCGGGGCACAAGUUAACAUCCGCGAUGACGACGGCUCCACUGCACUCAUGUGUGCCUGUGAACAUGGUCAUGUGGACAUUGUGCGUCAGCUGCUAUCAGUGCCAGGAUGUGAUGCCACUCUCACCGAUAAUGAUGGCAGCACUGCUCUGUCCAUUGCCCUUGAAGCCAGUCAGAAUGACAUCGCUGUGCUUCUGUACGCUCACCUCAACUUUGCAAAGCCUCCAUCCCCUGUUUCCCCCAAGUCUCCGCUCUUGGGCUCCUCUCCUCCUGCUGGUGAACUAAAGUAAACCACACGCCUACAGCUCAGCUACACAGCCAAUCCACAGAUGUUUAUUCAUCUAUUGUACUUAAAGGAAACAUCAAGUUUGUUUGUGCGUUCGUUUUCACCCUGAAUAAUUUAAGUAUGUGCAGAUAAUUACGUGAGAGCUCACACCAUUGUUACUCAUUGCUUAUUGUACACAGUGGUCUUACUUUAAUCCCAGUGGUGGUUGGAAAAGUGUGAAACUGAACAUUGAAUGGAUUUCGUUCUAGUUUUGCAAUAAUCCAGUUGUCAGCACUGUUUUGACAAAUCCAAACUGUUCACCGCAUUUCACUAUACGUUCAAUUGUUAUGCACUCGUUCUGUAAUUCCAUAUCAGUUUUAUAUAAGUCGGCUCAUAGAGCAGCGUGUUUUCAUUGUACCAUAGGUGUUUCACAGUAGCAUCGUUUUGUGUGACCAUCACAGUCAUUUGGAAUAACUGAAGCCACCCCUCUCAUGGGUAAGUGUCCUUGCAUCAACUAGCUCAUUGGUGCUACAAAAUAUAACACUUCAAUAGUCUGUUGAUAUUUAUGCACAAGAUUUAUUUACUUGAGAGUAUUUUUGAUAUUGAUUUUUUUUAAUCAUUCUGACUUAAUUCAGGACCUCGUGGUUUUAUUUCCUAGGUGUUGGUUAACUUUACACCUUUUUAACCAGUUUUAUGUGUUUAUCACAUUCCCCAAAUCAAACCCAAAGAUGUCUGUUUCACAUCACCUCUUUUUAAAGCUGCUUAUUGUGGUAAUAAUGUUAAGGUGGUGUUAAAGAGGAGAGAGGUUACCAUUAUUCUCUGAUGGCUGCGGUACUAUGGUCUUUGUAUUUUUAUAUGUAAAGGUUUUUUGGAUGGUUGAUUAGAGGGUAUCUGUGUUUGUGAUGUGUGCUCAUAAAAUUUAACAAGACUUUGUUGAGAGAGCGCUGGUGAAGCCAGUGAGAUUUGUCAGGGAACCAGAAAGUAAGUGAUUUUGGUCUUAAAAGGGCGUGCCAUGUAAGAUAGGAAUAUUAAAAUAAUAUAUGUCAGUGUAAACUGGUAAUAAUUAUGCCUGAAAUCAAACUCCUUGAACUAAAGUGCAUAGGCUAUUGAUGUCAAAAUUUCUAUUACUUUUUAAAGAUGUUUUACCAAUUUUCAUAUUCACUUUUAAGCAAAUUUUUUAUAAACUUUCAAUUUUUUUAAGUAUCUAUCUUUUAUACAUUUGGAGUUUUUAAGCUCACGCCUGCGUUAUGUAAUCACACAGCUCUGUAGUUAAUGUUUUAUGAUGGUUUUAUGAAAAUGCUAGAUUGUGUGUCUCUUCUUCUAAUUUGUGCAUUUUGGAAAAUAAUAAAUAAAUAAAUAAAUGUGGACCACA